UAAAAUGGCAUGAAUGGAGCAUGAGUCCAUUCAUUAAAAUGUUCACAAAACCACGAGCCGAAUUCGAUCUAAUUAUUAUGUUUAUUUGUUAUUAAAUCUCUAAAUAAUUUCCAAAAAUUAUUAUACUUGUCAGUAAAAAUACCUCAUUAAUUUGAAGUGACUAAGUAUUUUAUAUUUCGUGGCGAAUCCAAAAAAGAUUAAGUUGUUUUGGUUGUUUUAUGAUAACGAAGAAUUUCGUUUUAUCAUCAUUACUGCGAAAUAAAGGUGUAAUAUUUACGAAGUUAUUGUGCCAGUCAAAUACUAACUUGCAGAAACCUCGAGUAGUGAAUAUGGGAUUGUUAACAGAAGGGAGCCCCUUGUCUUGGGAGGAAACCAAGGCUUUGGCAGAACAUGUACGCCAACACGGCAUCGAACAAUUCAUUAACUUGUACAGAAAACUUCAAGACAGAACUGGCGAUGUGCUUAAAUGGGGAGAUGAGGUGGAGUACAUAAUAGUGAAAUUUGAUGAUGAGAAUCAACGAGCUACUGUCAGCCUCAGAGCUGAUGAAUUAUUACCAAAAUUACAAGAAAAAGAGCAUCAAGAUCCGCAAAAUGUGAAAUCCCUUUGGCGCCCUGAAUAUGGAGCAUAUAUGGUAGAAGGCACUCCGGGCAAGCCUUACGGGGGGCUCCUAGCUCACUUUAACAUUGUAGAGGCUAACAUGCAGUACCGCAGAGCUGAGGCCAGUACUUUACUAAAGGAUGGUGAAGUUAUCAUGAGCAUUACUAAUUUCCCAAGGUUAGGGUGCCCAAAUUUCACUAGUCCACCAUAUCCGCCCACUCCAAAUGAAGGGGUGACAAGAUCUUUGUUCUUUCCCGACCAAGGCAUAUUCCCUGGACACCCUCGUUAUAAAACGCUCACGUCUAACAUACGGCAGAGGAGAGGAGAGAAGGUUGCUAUCAAUAUGCCAAUAUUUCGCGACGUGAACACGAAGAUCCCAGUGGACGAGUCGAGUAAGCUGGAGCCCCACGCCGCAAAACCAGACUGCGUGUACAUGGAUGCGAUGGGGUUCGGGAUGGGCUGCUGCUGUCUACAGCUCACCUUCCAGGCGUGCUGCAUCACGGAGGCCCGAACUCUUUACGACCAACUGGCUCCACUGUGCCCUAUAAUGUUGGCCCUGUCGGCCGCGACACCGAUCUACCGCGGGUACUUAACAGACGUGGACUGCCGGUGGAACGUGAUCUCCGCGUCGGUGGACUGCCGCACGCGCGAGGAGCGCGGCCUCGAGCCGCUCAAGGAGAAUAAGUUCCGCAUUCAGAAGUCCCGCUACGACUCCAUCGACUCGUACCUUUCGCCGGAACAUGAGAAAUACAACGACAUUCCCAUAGUGCAUGACCCCGCCAUCUACCGGCGGCUGCGCGACAACGGCAUCGACCACCCGCUGGCUCUGCACGUGGCGCACCUCUUCAUACGCGACUCCGUGUCGCUGUUCUCCGAAAAGGUGAACCAGGACGAUGCCAACGACUCUGACCACUUUGAGAAUAUUCAGUCUACGAACUGGCAGACGAUGCGCUUCAAGCCGCCGCCGCCCAACUCGCCCAUCGGUUGGCGCGUGGAGUUCCGCCCAUGCGAGACGCAGCUCACAGACUUCGAGAACGCCGCCUACGUCUGCUUCGUCGUGCUCCUCACUAGGGUCAUCUUGUCUUACCAGCUCAACUUCGUCAUGCCGAUCAGUAAGGUGGACGAGAACAUGCAGCGCGCGCAGCGGCGCGGCGCCGUGCAGAGCGGGCGCUUCUGGUGGCGGCGCGACGUGGGCGCGCCCAGCACGCCCGCGCACAAGGACUCGCAGCUCUACGCCGAGAUGACCAUCGACGAGAUCGUCAACGGGAAGGAGGGCGUGUUCCCGGGGCUGAUCCCGCUGAUCGAGUCUUAUCUGUCCGGGAUGGACGUUGACGCGGACACGCACUGCUCCGUGCAGCAGUACCUCAAGCUGAUCCAGCGCCGCGCCGCCAACGACAUCUCCACCAUGGCCACUUGGAUCCGCGACUUCGUCACCAACCACCCGCAGUACCAACAAGACUCGGUAGUAUCAGAGAAGAUAAACUACGACCUGUUGAAAACGGCGCACGGCAUCCAGACGGGCGCCAUCCCCGCGCCGUCGCUGCUGGGCGCCAGCGCGGCCUCCAAGACCAACGAGGACAUCCCCAAGGCCUUCACCAAGAUGAUGAGCAAGGACUGCUCCUAACGAGGUGCCUUCCACCCCGCAGCCUAACUACUUGUUAUUGUAGUUAAAACGCCUUAUAUAAAACUCGUUUCGAAUAAAAGAUGUAAUGUGAAAUUGUGGCAUUUAUAUACAUAUUACAGGGAAAUUUUAUUUGCAUACUGUACUAGCGGCAGUUUGAAUGUGUUAAUGUCUGGAAUUUACGAUCGAAAUUGGAAUUUAUUUUUAUAUAUAUUAAUUCCAUUCAAUUGCGCCAUUACAGAUUCUUUGAGCGAUUGCGGUGCGAAAAAGAUAAGAGCGAGAGGUUGUGAGUGUCAAAAGAGAAAUAGAUAGUGAGAACGAAAGAGGUGAAACAUCAUUACUCACGUUUGGUGUUCGCGGCCGGUCGCUCACAUAUAGGUCGCUUAUGAGGAAGGCUAUGAGUUAUAUAGAAGACCGAAAUUCUACAAGAGCGAAACCACUGAUAUAUCACCCGCGUUCUUAGUUGAACUUAAUUUAGCAACGUUGAAAUUAGUUAUGGAAAUGCUUCUUAAACAACAUACUUUGUCAUAUAACGUUCAAGCGUGUUACCUCUUUUAUUGAAAUGAUGAUCUGUAAUUUAAUAUAAUAAUACACGAUACGUUGAACGUAUAGGUAGAUAAAUAAACAACCAUGAAUAGAAUUGAUUUUUAAUUACCAUUGGUUUAUAUUUUAGAUAAAUUGCGUAAGGUGCAUUAUAUCCUAUAGUUUUAUUUUACAAUAUUGUGACUUAACCUUAAAUUAAUUUGUAAAUACAUUAUUGAAUGCAUGUAAUGACUAUGGACGUAAGUAACUUCAUUUAUUUUAAAUAUUAACUUGCGGCUAGAUUGUAUUUUUAUUUUUACUGAUCCAUGGUCAUUUUGUCAGCAAAGUCGCAAUGUAAGAAAAUUAAUUGGUGAAACAGAUCGUAAAUAUAUUAGCCUGUAGAUAUGUAACCGUACUUACUAGUGGCCUAUUGUUAUAUUCUUCUUUUUAAUAUUGUCUAUGGUACAAAACAUUACAUGCAUAUUGUUUUUCAUAAAGCAUUUAUAUAACAGUAUUACAUUUGCCUUAUCACAUAGUUCUCAAAGAAUAUCCUUUUAGUGUGGUUGUGAAGAAAUAUAGUACGAUUAUCAAUUAAACAACCAAUAGUGAGCGUAGUAAUUAUUUAUAUAGGGUUCAACCUGAACUGUAGAUUUUGGCGUACUAAACAAAAUUAAAAAGUUGUUUGUAUAUUUACUAUUUAACUUUUAAAAUCAACAACCAAUUGAGCAGUUACUAUUGUGAACAAACGUUGUUACUGUGAUACGUAGAAAUUGAGCGACGACGUCAGAGACUGUACAAAGUUAUCUUGAAAGAUGAUAUGAUGGUUAGUAACUGAGAUUUUAUCUGCCUAUUUAGAAAUUUAAAAAGUUAUGUGUGCUAUAUGCAAGGGCGCGCUAUUUACGUAAAUAAUCAUUUAUUAUUUAAUAGUAAUAUCUUACUUACACCGUAAACUAAUCUUGCUUGGUCUUGAUCCUUCUUUUGAGAGUCCUAUAAAAAGAGAAAUGAGGUCCUCGGCUGUCAGGGGGUGCGCUGCGUUAAACAGGCGCACGCCAUAUCUGUCCGUCUCGGUCACAAAUCUUAAGUGCGAAAGAAAUCAAACGAAUCCGUUGCGAGUCGUCUAUUUCUGUUACACGUUAAGAUUUGUCGAUAGAUGUCUAAAACACGUCCGUACUACACAGUGCACGCCCUCGUAUUGCAUUAUAUUCUUAUAUACCGUUUAAUAUACGUAAUUACAUAUUCCUCACUGUCAACACAAGAUGUCAUUUACGGUGUAAGUACUAGAUCGAAUAUAGGCCUGACGAGGUUGAUAUGAUUUAAAAGUGCAAUUAUGUGAGAAACAGGUAGUUUUUGCGUUAAAAUAUUAAUUGCAGUUUUUUUUACAGCUCGCAUUCGCAAACUGACAAGUUUGGAAGCACAAAUUUAUUUCCGUUUGUCUUAUGAUUUUGUGAUAGAAAAUGUACCGAAUUUAUGUUUAAAUCCUUUAAUUUAUAUAAGUUGUUGUAUACAUAUAUUUUGUUCUCUGUUAGAAGUUUUUCAAUUGAAUUUCUAAAGCGAUAUGCAAUGGAUUGAAUAAAGUUAUUUUAAUUGUUUA